AUUGGUAUACGUCUCCGGAGGCACCAGGGACUCCAUAGGCUUUGCUCUCAAGGCUCGCAAGGAGAACCAGCCUGUGCCAUGAAAUUGUGGCUCCUGGUCUUCCUGGUGGCCUGCUUCGUGGGCACCUGGGUCCCUGCUGUCCACGCUCCAGGAGUCUUUGAGGACUGCUGCCUGGCCUACCACCCCCACAUUAGGCUGACCGUGCUCCGGCGUGCCCAAUAUUACCUGCGCCAAGAUGUCAGCGGGAGCUGUAAUCUGCCGGCCGUGAUAUUCUACUUCCCCCACAGACAGAAGAUGGUGUGUGGGAACCCACGGGCCAAGUGGGUGCGAGAUGGGAUGAAGUUUCUGAAUAUUCAAAAAAAGGCCCUCCCAAAGCAUCAUCAAGACACCAGGAGAAACUUCCAAGACUCUCACUCUGGGGUGAAGAAGUUUAGCUCUGGAACCUCCAGGCUACCGCUGUACAUGUUUAGAGGUCACACCAGAAACAGCCAGAGGAACAACUCCCACCCAGCAGCAGCCGAUCCAGGACCAUGAGCCCACACAUCUCCUGCAUCAACCAGCACAAAAUGGGCUGGACCUUUCUCUACCAUGAGCGUCACCCUGCAGCCCUGGCUGCCCCAGCCCGUGACCUUCAAGCCAAAUCUCACGCCUGACUUUGUGUUGGUUCCCUCCCCGCUGCCACUUCCUGCUCCUAGCCAGCCCUGGACAAUGGGUCUUAUAAUCAUUGAGAUACAUCACCCACCUGCAGCCUCUUGCCACCCACCCUAGGCCAUGCCUCUGUCUCUCUGGGUCCUUGCAAAGCGCCAGAUCAUCUAAGAUACCCCUCUCAGCCUGUGUUUUUUAAAAAUAAACCUUCG